GUGUGUGUGUGUGUGUGUGUGUGUGUGUGUAUAUGCGGCGCUCUGUCGUCUUGAGCACUGUGCUGCCAUGCUGCUGCCGGGCCGCCUCUGGCUGUGCUGCGCCCUCUCCCUCGCACCCUGGGCCGGCUCUCCGCUCGGCGUCUCCACCCAGGUGAUGCGGCACACGGACGCCGACCCCGUGGUCACGUCGCAGGCGCUCAGGAAGCUCCACGAGAUGCUGCAGAUCGGAGAGCCGGAGCAGAACGCGCCCCCGCACAGAAAGCCACCCCAGUUCAUGAUGGACCUGUACAACGCGGUGGCGGAUCGCAACGGGGUCACCAAGGAGCGCAAGUUCCUGGAAGGAAACGUGGUGCGGAGUUUCGAGGACAGAGCGGCGGCAGUACGGUCCACUCGGAACGUCCACUUCUUCAACCUGUCCUCGUUCGGAAAGAACGAGAAGAUGAUAAAAGCGGAAUUCCGCAUGUUCAGAUCCCGACACAAGUUCUUCUUGUCCAGGAAAUCGCACAGAGGACACUUGUACAAAAUCAGUAUUUACGAGCUGCUGGAUAACAAGGUUAAUCCAUGGAGAGGCAGCUUGGUAACUUCUCGGUUCUUGUCUUUGUACACCCAGGGGUGGCAUGUGUUUGAUGUUACUAACACGGUCUCUAAGUGGAUUCAGAACAGUGAUGAGAAUAAAGGCUUCCUGGUGGUCAUCACCUUGCCUUCAGAAAAUUUUCUGGAUUAUGACACUCCAGCUGUGGAUCUAAAGCUUGAAGAGAAAAACUCUUACUUGGUUAUUUUCUCGGAGGAGGGCAGAAGAACGUCAAAAACAGACCAGUUGCCAUUUCAUGGACAGAGAAGACGUUCCGCAGCGGAGGCAGCUGGAGAGGUGAACUCAGUGGUGUCAAGGGGGAGAACCAAGAGCCGCAACACUCGAGCCGCACCGUGGUAUUCCAGAGGUCGCUCUGUGACCUGUCGACAGCACCCUCUCUACGUGGAUUUCGACAAGAUUGGUUGGUCAGGGUGGAUCAUCUCCCCUCGGGGUUAUGAUGCAUAUUACUGCAGCGGGACCUGCCCAUUCCCACUCGGGGAGGGGUUUGGGGCUACAAACCAUGCCACCGUUCAGUCUAUUGUGAAUGCGCUGAAGCUGACGACAGGUGUGGAAACCCCGUGCUGUGUGCCGGACAAGCUGCACUCCAUCAGUCUGUUGUACUUCGAUGACGAUGAAAACGUAGUCCUCAAGCAAUAUGAAAACAUGGUGGCUGUCAGCUGUGCUUGCCAUUAGCCAAGACACCCCAUUGUGGACCAAUGUAAAUAUGUGUACAAUUAUUAUUAUCAGCUUAAGAAAUGUCUCACAGAAAUGUCUCCUGUCAAUUCAG